GGCCCGCAGCAGGGACGACCCCGGGGGGACGCGGGGCGCGGAUGGCCCCGGCACGCGGCCCCCUGCUUCGGCCGGGCCUGCCGAGCCUCCUCGAGGCCGGGCCGGGCCGUGCCGGGCCCUGUCCGGCAGGGCGGGAAGCUCGGGGCGCGCCCGGCUCGUCGUUAUCCCGGGCUAAGCCCGUGCUCGCCGGGCUGAGGCCCGGAUUCCUCCUGCCGGUGACUCAGCCGCCUCCUCCCUCCUCUGCAGCGCCGGCCACAGCUCGCUGCCCGAUAAAGCCAUGGGAGGAAACCGCCCCAGGAGCAACGGGACGGCCCAGCGGGAGCAACACGGAUAUUUCCAGGACGUACAUGGCCCCCCCGGCACCUGGCCCUUCGAGGAAGGCUAACCCUCUCCUGCCAGCGGGGACAUUUUGGGUGCUGGGUUGCAGCACGGACUUUUCCUUGUCCUUACAGGUGAAGAAAACCCCACAGCGCCCUGACGCAGCACAGCAACACCAACCUCGCGCCUCCAGCCCUGGCCGUUCUGCUGUUUGCAGGGCCACCAGGAGCGAGCCCUACACACAUACCAAGCCAGACUCAGCUGGAAGGAACCACCCCACGGCCCUUGGAGCAGCACCAACCUCCAGCAGAGCCCUUCCCGCCCCCCAGGGCAUGCAGGCCUGCACCUGAACCUUCACCAGGGAAGAAAGCCACAAGCCAGAGGUAAGUCAUUAUAUUUUUUUUUUUAUUUUAUAAUAAACUUCUCAUUUUUCCCCCAAGGAAGACAAAACUUGUGAGUGAGGCUACAGAACACCGUCAGUGAAGAGUAUGCGAGACAGACCCAGGCCAUGGGCUGGGCCAGAAGAGAUCCCACUCCCCCACGCAGAAGGGAUCCGUCCCCAGGAGCCUCCGUAGCCCUUGCUCAUCUCCCCACCGCAUGAGAGCGAGAUCAGAGCUGUCAACAGGCAGCGGCUGU